AUGUCCUUAUCAAAAAUUCUUGCGCGAUCGAGUGUGCGGGCGGCUUCUACAUCCACCGCUGCUCAAACCACCAAGGCUGCGGGGGAUAUCUCGAGUGUCUUCCCCAGCUUGCGACCGGAUUAUAAGCCGGAGCCGCUGCCUCCUAGAUUUAAGGAUCUGAAAGAGAAACUGUUCCGUGAGAACGGGGACGCAUUGAAGAAGAGUUGGGAGAGACUGCUUCCCAGCCUGGAAGAGGAAGUACAGAAAAUCAAGGCGAAAGGGAGCGAUAUUAUCCCGUCUGUGGAGUACUCUGAUGUUGUUUCCGGAAAUGUAUCUCAGGAGAGUCUGGCAGAGAUCCGUCAUCGCGGAUCAGUCGUGAUUCGAAAUGUGGUGCCGCGCAAAGAAGCGCGGGGGUGGAAGGAGAGAGUUGAGGACUACGUAGCUGCCAACCAGGAAAGAGUCAAGGCAUUCCCCCCAGACUCACCGGCGGUGUUUGAGCUAUACUGGACGCCGUCACAGGCAGAGGCUCGAGCCCACUCCAACGUGCUAGACACACAGCGCUUCCUGCAAUGUCUGUGGCAUUCCUCAGAUCCAAACACCCGUAUAUCGACACGGAACCCUCUCACAUAUGCAGACAGACUGCGAAUCCGACAACCAGGCGAUGGCAAAUUUACUCUAGGCCCUCACGUGGAUGGCGGCUCUCUGGAGCGCUGGGAAGACCCUGAGUACGCGAGGGUGUACGCCAAAAUCCUCGAAGGAAAAUGGGAAGAGCACGAUCCAUGGGAUGCGAAGCACCGCGUUACUGCACAGAUGGACCUAUAUAACGGCGCAGGAGCAUGCUCCAUGUUGAGAUUCUUCCAAGGCUGGCUCUCCAUGUCCAAGACAGCACCAGGAGAAGGCUCACUGCAUGUUUGCCCCAUGCUGACGCAUAGCUCUGCGUACACCAUCCUCAGACCAUUCUUCAACAGCGAGACGAUGCAGCCGACGAUAGAUAAUAUCUUCCCGGGAUCUGUUCCAGGUGCUUGCCAGGAAUAUAACCCCAUCACUCACCCGCAUCUCGACUUAGAAACGACCAUGGUGUCUGUUCCAGAGGUUGAGCCCGGCGACUAUGUUGCCUGGCACUGCGACUCAUUACAUUCGGUAGACAAAGAGCACCGCGGCAAGAGCGAUUCCAGUGUUCUCUACAUUCCUGCUACCCCAAUGUGCGAUAUGAACGUUGAUUAUCUGCUUAAGCAGCGGAAAGCAGCGCUUGAUUACUCCCCGCCAUGGGACUUCCCUGGAGCAGGUGGACCAGGCGAGAGAAAUUUUGAAGGAGCUCUGGACUGGAAAUCGCUCAGGCCUGAGGGCCAGCGCGCCAUGGGAUUGGGAUCACAGCCCUGGGAGAUCACAGCCGACAUGACCGAAGGAGAGAAACAGGCCGUUGAGAAGGCGAACAAAGCCGCCGCCGGAAUUCCCCAGUCUCCCUCCACUUCCGCAACAUUCACCUUCCACCUCACAACGAAACCUCCCCUCAAUGACCUCGCCGCAGCAAAGCUCAUAAUAAUGUGGCUGCAGGCGACGCUUCUUCUGGUCGCCUCUUGUGUCCCCUCGGCGCUCGCAAUUUACCCUGACGAGGUCGGCCAUAUCGAUUUCCACCAUGCGCUGCUAGGUGUCCCGUCGUCCCAAUCGACCUUUUUCCACCGCCCAUCUUCCUCCUCCAGCGCUGCCCUUCUCUACACAGUAUCGGAGAAAUCGCUUCUUGGUGCCGUCAACCCAAAAGAUGGACAAUUGUUGUGGAGGCAGAACCUGUCUCGCUCCGAUGUAGCUCCCGGCCAGAAUGCCCAAGGCUUGCUGCGGGCCUCGAGUGGAACAAACGCGGUCGUUAGUGGAUUGGGAGACUAUGUUUCUGCUUGGAGCGCCUUGGAUGGGAAAUUAAUAUGGGAAAAUUCGUCCCCGAAUAUGCCUGUUGUGGAUCUUGAGCUCUUAGAGCUCGAAGAUGCCAGCGGCGCUUCGUCAGACAGGGACGCAAUUGUGCUUUCUGGAGGCCAAGCGGGAACGAUUAAAAGGCUGGAUGGCUCGACUGGUGACAUUAAAUGGGAGCAUCAUGAUGAAAGCGGCGAUUUCCCCUUCCAGGUGUCCUCCUCCUCGACCAACAUCUUCUACAUCUCUCUACAGCCGGGUUUGCUGAAGGGUCACAAAAUCCGGGUUACCUCACUGGAUCUCCUGACCGGUCGCCAGACGCACCAGCAGGUACUCAACUCUGAUAGCGAUAUUUCCGGACCGGAGUCGGUGCUCUUCGUGGGUGCCAACAACGCGUUCCCUGUUAUCGCCUGGGCGGAUAAGGCAAACAAGACGCUCAAGGUCAAUGUAAUUGGCACUAAGCAAGUGACAUCGGUCAAUAUCGACAACACUAGUGGAGAGGAAAUCAGGUCCAUCCAAGUUCACGCGCCGGAGACCCUCAAUGCGCUACCCCACUUCCUUGUGCAGUACGAGACUGCGUCCGGUUCUUGGGCUGAGGUUUAUCACGUUGACCUCAAAUCUUCGACCGUGUCAAAGGCCUACAGCCUGCCGUUUUUGAAGGGAUGGUCUGCUUUCGCCACCAGCACCAAGGAUGCCAAUGUCUAUUUCACUCGGAUCACCGACUCUGAGACAGCUGUUGUGUCUUCUGCUUCUCACGGUGUUCUCGGAAGAUGGCCUCAGAACCCUCCCUUGGAUCACACCGUUCAUGCGGUUGCGGAGGUAGCUACGAAGGGUGACAGUGAUACCGUGGCUGUUCGCUCGGCCAUUGUGUUGGAAUCUGGUGAUUGGCAAAUGGUUCAGAAUGGCGCGAUCGGGUGGCUCCGACCUGAAGCGCUGUCUGGUGCAUUGGCCGCCACCUGGGCCAACGUGGACAGCCAGCAGGAUUUGGCCCACCAACUCGAAGUCGAAGGUCAUGAAAGUCUUCUCAAGGCGUAUACACACCGUGUGAAGCGCCAUGUAAAUGACCUCCAGCAUCUUCCCAACUGGUUGAGAGAGCUGCCUAAGCGUGUCCUCACUAGCUUGCUUGCCGAUGAAGUUUCCAACCUUGACAGCUUUGGCGUCUCCAAGCCCGUCUUAAUCGCCACUAAAAAUGGGCGGGUAUAUGCUCUAGACAGCGGAAAUCACGGCAAAGUGUCCUGGAACGUGAAGGCUGCUGAGGCGGAUACUUGGAAUGUCAAGUUGAUUCGGACUCAGCCUGGGUCUGCUACAGUGUAUGUUGACGAUGGUAGCACUGUUACCUUGAAUGUCACUACAGGAGAUAUAAUCCAGCGUGGCCCUGCCACAGGGAAGUUCUCUUCGGUUGUCCCUGAAGAUGAGGCCUCGGAAAAUGUAUACACUGUGACCCAGGAUGACGAUGGGAAGAUUCUCGGAUGGAACUCAAGGGACCCCAAGUUGCCCGUAUGGGUAUUCCAACCCGCACCAGGCGAGAAGAUCAUUCGCGCCACUGCUCGCCCACCUCACGACCCAGUUGCCUCAAUCGGAACGGUCCUGGGAAACCGAUCCGUUCUGUACAAGUACCUGACUCCUAACGCGGCUCUCGUCACAGCUAUUGGGGAGAACUCAGCCACUGUCUACCUGUUAGACGCAGUUACCGGCCGAAUUCUCCACACGAGCAAGCAUCAGGGAGUUGACACCGCGCAGCCUAUCGCCUCUGCAAUUUCAGAGAACUGGUUCGCAUACUCCUUCUAUGCCGAAAGCUCCGAACCCUCCGAACCCAGGGGCUACCAAUUGGUCAUAUCGGAGAUGUUCGAAUCUCCCAUUCCUAACGACCGCGGUCCUUUGGGCUCCGCGUCCAACUACUCCACGCUUAUUGACUUGCACCUUCCUCACGUCAUCUCCCAAUCUUAUAUGAUCGCAGAACCCAUAUCGCACAUGGCCGUCUCCCAAACCCGCCAGGGCAUCACCACCCGCCAACUCCUAGCUACCCUCCCAGAGUCCAAUGCCAUAGUCGGCAUCCCUCGCCCUAUCCUGGACCCCCGUCGCCCCGUUGGCCGAGACCCCACCGCCAAUGAAGCCGAGGAGGGCUUGAGGAAGUACACCCCCUUCCUCGAAUUUGACGGAAGAUGGUACCUCACGCACGCGCGCCAGGUCGCAGGAAUCAGCACCGUUCUGUCUUCACCCACACUCCUCGAAAGUACGUCUCUGGUUUUCGCCUUUGGAAACGAUAUCUUUGCCACGAGGAAUAUGCCCAGCCAGGCGUUCGAUAUUUUAGGCAAGGGAUUCUCGAAGUUGCAGUUGCUUUUCACGAUUGUGGCUUUGGCUGUCGGUGUUUCGAUUUUGGCCCCGAUUGCCCGCAAGAAAAAGGUCGAUAUGCUUUGGAAGACGCGGUAG